AUACAGAAGACUUCUGAGCGUAAAGAUGCCCCUUUCCAGCAGCUCCACGUCCUCCACAAAGAGCAUCCGCAGAGCAGCGUCCGAGCUGGAGAGGUCUGACUCCAUCACGUCUCCAAGAUUUCUCGGUAGACGCCAAAGCUUGAUCGAGGACGCACGCAAGGAGAGGGAAAGGGAAGCCGCCGCCGCAGCUGCAGAGGCUGCAGAGGCCAGCGAGCAGAUCGUGUUUGAGGAGGACGAUGGAAAAGCGCUUCUCAACAUCUUCUUCACCUUAAGAACCUCUAAGACACCUGCACUGUCGCGAACGCUCAAAGUUUUCGAGACAUUCGAAGCCAAGAUUCACCACCUGGAGACGCGACCGUGCCGGAAGCUCAAGGACAGCCUGGGAGGCCUGGAGUACUUUGUGCGCUGUGAGGUUCACCUCUCAGACGUCAACACGCUGAUCAGCUCCAUCAAGAGGAACGCGGAGGACGUUAAAACCACCAAAGAAGUCAAAUUUCACUGGUUCCCAAAGAGAAUCGCAGAUUUGGACAGAUGUCACCAUCUGGUCACAAAAUUUGAUCCAGACUUAGACCAAGAUCAUCCUGGCUUCACAGACCCCGUCUACAGACAGAGGAGGAAAAUGAUCGGAGACAUUGCCUUCAGAUACAGACAGGGGCAGUUGAUUCCCAGAGUGGAAUACACAGAGGAGGAGAUUGGCACAUGGCGAGAAGUCUACUCCACCCUGAGGGACCUGUACACCACCCACGCCUGCAGCGAAUACCUCGAGGCCUUCCGCCUGCUGGAGAGGCAUUGUGGGUACAGUCCAGACAACAUUCCCCAGUUGGAAGAAGUGUCGCGCUUCCUUAAAGAGCGCACCGGCUUCCAGCUGCGCCCGGUGGCAGGGCUGCUCUCGGCCAGAGACUUCCUGGCCAGUCUGGCUUUCCGGGUGUUCCAGUGCACCCAGUACAUCCGACACGCCUCCUCCCCUAUGCACUCCCCAGAGCCCGACUGCGUCCACGAGCUGCUGGGCCACGUCCCCAUGCUGGCUGACCGCACUUUCGCCCAGUUUUCUCAGAACCUUGGUCUGGCGUCACUCGGGGCUUCAGAUGAAGAUAUUGAGAAACUGUCCACGCUGUACUGGUUCACAGUCGAGUACGGCUUAUGUAAGCAAAACGGAGAGGUGAGGGCUUAUGGGGCUGGACUGCUGUCCUCUUAUGGAGAACUUGUGCACUCCCUGUCCGACGAACCAGAGACGAGGGAGUUUGAGCCAGAGGCCGCGGCGGUGCAGCCCUAUCAGGACCAGAACUACCAGCCGGUCUACUUUAUCUCUGAGAGUUUCUCUGAUGCCAAGGAGAAAUUCAGAGCCUAUGUGGCCGGCAUCAAACGUCCCUUCUCGGUCAGGUUUGAUCCCUACACCAGCAGCAUCGAAGUCCUGGACAACCCACUGAAGAUCCAAGGAGGCCUGGACGGCCUGAAGGACGAGCUGAAGGUGCUGACAGACGCCCUCAGCGUUUUGUCAUGAUGACGCCCUCGUCGGCCGCGACCCGCCCCCGCCGUUGUUUGCUUCCUCUCCGCUGAGCUCUGCGAUGUCCGACAUGUGGCGACACCAGUGUGUUCAUCUUUCUGUGCUGUACUUCCGGUUGUUGCUUGUUGUGGCUGGCUGCCGGUUGGCCGACAAGGCUGCAACCAUCUAAAAGAAAAAGAGAAAAAAAAAACUCAAUAUGCAGCGCCGGCAGGAAAAAAAAAAAAAAGUUCCAAAGAUGUUUAAGCGCCUCUCUGGGUGUGAGUGCAUUUGUGAAAUGAUGAUGGGGUUUUAUUUGAGGCCAAAAAAAAAUAAGAACACGUUAGAAAUAUGUCAAAAUUGGAACCAAAAUCAAAGAAGUGAUUCUGAAUGUAUACAAACUAAAUGGUAUUUUAAAAUCAAAGAAGUGGAGACGAAGGUGUAUAUUUUAAUCAUUUAUUUUAUUUAAGAGGAAAUUAAAUCUAUAAAGGCUACGUUAAAGGCUUUAUUUUCCAGAUGAUUUGGUUUUAUGCUGUUUUUGGUCUUGCAGUGUAUUUUAUGCUGUUUUUGUCUCGCAGUGUAAAUGCAUAUUAAAAAAAAAACAUAAUAAAGCAUAAUUUCCAUGUAAUCAUCUGCUAUUUACAAUCUGUCCCGUAAUAAAGG